UUUGCUAUGUAAUGUUAUUAUUUGCAUUUUGUUUUUUCUUACUAUAAAAAGGAGUUGCUGGACGCAAUUGCCUACCACCAACAAAUGCGCUGUCUUCUCUCUCCACUCUCUCCUUCUCUCUCCUGCUCCCUCUCUCUCUUCGAGAAUUUUCCGUGCUGCUCGAAAAACCUCCAGAAAAGAAAAAAUUAGUUUAGAAACUUUGCAAUUUGGAAAACCUGAAAUUUGCCACACAGAGAAGGGAGCGCAGAAAUCGCAAACCCUAGGAAUUGCGCGGGCGUUGUGCUACGGGUUUGCCAAUCAGACAUUGAUGAUUUCAAUUAUCUGAUCGCAUUGAUUUGUCAAGUUCGUUUUCCUGAUAUUUUUCUUAGACUGUGAAGCUGAGUGGAAGAGGUUUGUUAGUGGUGGAAUCAUUUAUUUGUUGCUCUAUCUCAAUCGUUUUUUGCAACUACUCUUGAAUUAUCCGUCUGGGAGCUGGGACUCUUUUUGUGGAAAACGAACAAUGCCAAUGCUCAUUUGAAUUUUGUGAUGUCCUAAAUGACAUUCUUGUCCUAGUCUUUCUUUUCUCCCUGUCAUGGAGGACAUGCCAUUCUUGAAAGGAUUUUGGUGAUAUAUUGUGUAGUUGGUCGUACUCUUGGUGGUUACAUUAGCCGAAAUAUCAUUUCAUUCAAUUGUCUCCUAUCCUUUCAUUCACCCUGUUCUAUCAUCAUGGUCGCCACUGCUGCAACUUCUGCAUUUCUCCCAAUACCUUCCCCAGCUUCAGACUCUGUUGGAAAAACAUCAGGAAAGGUUGUUGGGAGCAUCCCUGCAGCAAGUAUUGAUGCUCGUGCCACCAAUGCUAAGUCAAAAUCCACAUCAUCAGGAAGAUUGCAGGUGAAGGCUAAUGCACAAGCCCCUCCCAAGGUCAAUGGGACUAAGGUUGGCUCUAUGGAGUCUCUGAAGACUGAGGACAUGUCACCUCCACCGAGGACAUUCAUCAACCAGUUGCCUGACUGGAGCAUGCUUCUUGCUGCCAUUACUACUAUAUUUUUGGCAGCAGAAAAACAAUGGAUGAUGCUUGAUUGGAAGCCAAAACGGACAGAUAUGCUUGUUGAUCCUUUUGGUUUGGGGCGGAUUGUACAAGAUGGUUUUGUAUUUCGUCAAAACUUCAGUAUUAGGUCUUAUGAAAUAGGGGCUGAUAGGACUGCUUCGGUAGAAACACUGAUGAAUCAUUUGCAGGAAACAGCUCUAAAUCAUGUAAAAAAUGCUGGGCUGCUGGCUGAUGGCUUUGGUUCAACACCAGAGAUGUGCAAACGGAAUUUAAUUUGGGUGGUUACAAAAAUGCAGGUUGUUGUUGAUCGCUAUCCUACGUGGGGUGAUGUUGUUCAAGUAGAUACCUGGGUAGCUGCAUCCGGGAAGAAUGGUAUGCGUCGAGAUUGGCUUGUCCGCGAUAGUAACACGGGCGAGAUUUUAACUAGAGCUUCAAGUCUAUGGGUAAUGAUGAAUAAAGAGACGCGGAGGUUAUCCAAAAUUCCGGAUGAGGUCCGAGGAGAAAUAGGUAGCUAUUUUGUGGAUUCUCCUCCAUUAGUGGAUGAUGAUAGCAGGAAGUUACCGAAGCUUGAUGAAAAUACUGCAGAGCACAUUCGUACUGGUUUGACUCCUAGAUGGGGUGAUUUAGAUGUGAAUCAACAUGUGAAUAAUGUAAAAUAUGUUGGUUGGAUACUUGAGAGUGCUCCACUAGAAAUAUUGGAGACUCACGAGCUCGCUGGUAUGACUCUAGAAUACAGGAGGGAGUGCAUGAGGGACAGUGUGCUGCAGUCCCUCACUUCAAUUGUUGACGAGGGUAGUGGCGACUCGUCUCACCCUGGCAUUGUUGAGUGCCAGCACUUGCUUCGAUUGGAGGGUGGGGGUGAAAUUGUGAAGGGACGGACCAAGUGGAGGCCGAAAUUUGUUGACAAGAUCGGAAGCUUUGGGCAGCUCCCGCACGAAAAUGCUUAAUUUGAUGUGUGCAGCCAUGACACUUUGGCUCUACUAUCUAGUAUAAUACUACUUGCUUCUCUCUCAUUUUUAUUCUCUCAAUCCCAAUGUAAUAUCCAGUCUAAUUUAUGCUUUUCUUUUCUUUAUUUUUGGUUAAUUUUUGUUAUUUUUUUAUUCCUUUUGACGAAAAAUACAAUCGGUUUCAAGUCAUUGUAAGUACCUCUCCUCCUUUUUGUAUGCUGGCUUCCAUUUAAUUUCCCAGCCUUUGUUUGUGGUCUUGGCAAUGAAAGUUAGUUUGUAGGUGGACA